AUGUCAAUUAAUUCCAAUAUAUCUACAAUAGAUAAGUUUAAUGGUACUGUACUUGAUAUUGAUUCUGAAAAAAAUGAUUUAAUAUCGUUUGAUUAUAUUGAAAAUAUUACUAGUACAAUGGAUUGGUGUUUUAAUAUUAUUGCUUACUAUGAAACAUCUGAUUCAAAUGCUUCUGAUGUAAUUGAUGUAUUAAAUUCAUUAUAUACAUAUUCAUCAUUUUCAUUUUGGAUUAAUGGAGUUGCAACAUCUGUCCUAACAAUAUUUGGUUUAAUAGGAAAUAUUUUUCUUUUUCAUCAGAUACGUUCAAAAAAUUGUUUUUCCUCCAGAUUAUCAGGGCACUUAAUAAUGUUAUGUAUCUGGGAUAUAGCUUUACUAUUAUGUUGUGAAGUAACUUAUGGUGUAUCAAGUUUAUAUUAUGGAAUGACACCUUUUUAUGGUAUAAUAGCAUAUAUCUUAUAUUUUUUUACACCAACAGCAAGUUUUUGUAUAACUGGUUCAAUUUGGCAAGUAUUAGUUGUUACAACAGAAAGAUAUAUUGCUGUUUCAAGACCAUUAGAAAGAAGAACACAAAAAUUUUAUUUUCCACUUAAACUUUUAUGUUUUAUUAUUAUACUUGGUUCUGUUGUUUUAAAUUUUACAACAGCACCAUUUGAAAAAUCAUUAAAAGAAUGUUAUGAAUUUACUUCUCAUGGUUUUGCUUUUAAUACUCAAAUUGUUCCAAGUGAUAUUGAAAGAAAUAGACUUUAUGCUAUUUUAGUUCAUCUUAUACCAGAUAUCUUCUUUAGAGCCCCUCUACCAAUAAUUGCUAUUGCUGUUUUAACGAUAAAAACUUUACAUUUAUGCAAAAAAAGACGAGUUGGCCAACAAAUAAUUAAUAAAAAGACAAAAAAGAAUGUCCCAUUUAUGUUAACUAUUUUAAAUGUAAAAUUUGUUUGUUGUAAUACAUUUUAUAUGUUUAAUACUAUACUUAUGGAAGUUCUUGGUUUUGGUUCAAAAACUGGUUCAUCAUCAAGUGAUGAUCAAGUUGAUAUAAAACAAUAUACAACUUCAUUAUAUUUAACAGAUUUAUCUAAUUUUCUUCUUGCAUUACAUGGUGCAACAAAUUGGCUUAUAUUUUAUAAUUGGCCAACAUUUAUAAAUAAUUUAAAAAAACAUUCAAAAGAUAGAAAAACUACUCAUACAAUAUCAUCAACAUCAUUAAAAGAAUCAUUAAUUAAUAAAGAAAUAUUAGAUGAAAUAAUUCAGGAAUGGAAUAAUAAAGGAUUAAAUGUUAGUAUUGAACUUGUCAAAAAAUUUUUAAAUGAAAAACCAAAAUUAUUAAAUAAUUCAAUUGAAUAUGAAAAUAUUAAUCAAAUUGGAGAAAAAGUAUAUAAUAUAAUAGAUAAAUUUUUAGAAAUUCUCUCCUCAGAUGAGGGAACAUUAGAAGAUUUGGCUAAGUAUUGCAAAUAUAUAGGCUCAACAUAUUAUAAAAUAAAUUAUUACACAAAUGCAGAUAUUUUAAAAACAAUGAGAAAUUAUUUAUGUGAGGUAUUAUUAUCAAAUCCUGAAAAUACCAUACCUGAAAUACAUAAUACAAUAAAUUUAAAAAAAAAAAAUAAAUUAUUAAAUGACUUACCACAAUCAAAUUUUUUAUUAGAAAAAUAUUGUCAUAAAUUAUUUAAUUUUGCUAUAAGAGAAAUGAAAAGUGGUGCUAUAUGUGCUGCUGUGGAGGCUCAAAGAAUUCCAGUAAAAAAUUGUUGUACAGAUAGACCAUUAUUACAGUAUGAAUUUAAUAAUAAUGAAAAAAUUAUAUAUAUCAAUGAUAAAAGAAAUAUUAAUACAUUCAAUGAAUUUAUUAAUAAAAACAAAGAAUAUAAUGAUGUCAAAUUUUCAUUUUUUCAACCAUUAAGAAAUAUUUUUUCAUUAUUUAAAAAAAGAACAAUAUAUAAAAAAUAA